AUGGUCGCGUUCAGCGCGCAGGCGGGUCAGCUUCCCAAGAUUUUCCCCCUGUCAUGCGGUGGUGCCGAUGCGGAAUUGCAGGGCUUGGCCAAUCUGGCCUGGGCCUUUGCUGCUGCGCCGCAGUCCUCUUCCCGGAGCUCUGCCGGGGCCACAGACGAGCGGGCCUUCAGGCGGAAGGUAGAGGAGUCUGGGGCUCGGUGCAGUGCAGAGCGCAGCAAAGCAGUUGCCGAAACUUCGCGGCCAAAGCUGCAGGCUGCCGGCGAGCAGGAUGCCUUCAACGUGCAGGUCGAACUUAGCUUGGGCGUUUGCAAAGGCCGGCAUCGUGUCGAAGCCCCGGAGUUGUUUGCAGCCCUGGCAGCAGCGGCCCAUCCGAGGCUGGAAGAGUUUACGACCCAGAAUCUGUGCAACUUUGCGUGGGCUUUCGCCUCCCUAAGUGUCUCUACCGGCCCAGGAGCAGGAGCCUCCGGAGUUCUGGAAGGGGUCGCAGCGGAAGCUGCAAAACGAGUCUCCGAUUUCAACCUGCAAGGCCUCUCCAACCUGGUUUGGGCUUCCGCUGUCCUCGGUUCCAAGAUUCAGGUCUUCGAGCUUCUGGCAAGGGAGCUGACGAUGCGAUUGGACGCUGCAGAUGUAAACCUGCUGAGCGAGCCGGAGGUUACCGACAUCGUCAGGAAUGCCUUGGGGGUCGUAUGGGCUCAGCACUUCGCUCACGGCGCGGCCGUGGGAACUCUCGUGGAACAGGUGAAACCCAAACUCCGGGAGCUGGGACGUCGCAGGGACCGGGCCGCGGCCGCCUCGGCCCAGGAGCGCGGAGAGGGCGACGAGAGCUCUCAGGCUCAUGGCAAGGUUCUGCAAAGAAGCGACUGCCUCGUGAUCCAGAAGCCUCCUGGCUGGCAGGUGGACCAACAGAAGCUCGGCGUGGAGCCGAAGUUGGGGGAGCCGCGCCGGCUUACGUCUUUCGUGCACCACCUCCUGUCUCCAAGUCGCUGGCCGCUUCUUGCGGACACCGAAGCCGGCUGUGGCUUCGUGCACCGUUUGGAUGCGCCCUGCUCCGGGCUGAUCCUCCUGGCGAAGACCUACGAGGCCUACUACGACCUGCUCUUGCAGAUGAAUUCGGGUCAGGUGGUCCGUGACUACAUCGUUCUCUGCCACGGCUGGGUGCCCUCAACGCAGGAGACAAUCGCGGCUCCUUUGUACUGGGAGGCCUAUAGAGGUGUCCUUUCAGAGGUGCGCCACUAUGGCAAGCCAUCGGUGACACAGGUAAAAGUCCUGGCCCACGCACGCCGCGGUGGCGAGGCAGGGCCCCAAUUCAGCCUGGUCGCUGUCCGCAUCUUGACAGGGAGGCGACAUCAGAUCCGGAUCCACAUGGCACAUGCGGGGCAUUGCCUGGUUGGGGAUGGAAAGUACGGCUCGGAAGAGCAAUUUCUGAAAGACAAGGAGUGGUGCUCGCAAACCUUCUUGCACAGAUACUAUCUAGGCUUCACCUUCCUGGACGGCACCUUUGCCGAGGCGAACGCCCCCCUUCCCACAGAUCUUGUGGCAGUCUUGGAGCAACUCUGUCCGCGAGAUGCCUGCUCGGUGGGUCACUUUUUGAGCUGUGACAGCGACAACGGGCCUCCAUAG